AUGGCUCCAACCAUAUACAACGCCCCCGUCCCCGGCGUACCCUACUUCUCCCCCCACCACAAACCCUCCCCAGGCACCCCCUUCGACCCCACCGCCAAAGUUCCAACCCUCUUCAAACCGCUCCAAAUCCGCGGCACAACCCUCCGCAACCGCAUCCUAGUCGCCCCAAUGUGCCAAUACAGCACCGCAGAAUCCGGGCCCCAAAUCGGAGCCCUAACUCCCUACCACAUCGCCACGCUAGGCCAUUACGCUCUCAAAGGUGCCUCCCUCGUCUUCAUUGAAGCGUCCGGUGUCCAGCCUAAUGGGAGGAUAUCCCCGAAUUGCCCUGGAAUCUGGAGCGAUGCGCAGAUCGAUGGGGUCAAGGCGCUGGCAGAUUUCGUCCAUGCGCAGGGGGCGCUUUGUGGGUUGCAGUUGGCGCACGCGGGGAGGAAGGCGAGUACGAUGCCGCCGUUCAUCGCGGCCCAGGUGAAGAAGGCGAGUGUGAAGGCUACGAAGGAGGCGGGAGGGUGGCUGGGUGAUGUGGUGGGUCCCAGUGGUGGGGAGGAGUCUGUGUGGGAUGAGAGUGGGGAGGGGUAUUAUCCACCAAGGGAGUUGAGCGUCAAGGAGAUUGAGGCGUUGGUGAAGGAUUGGACUGCUGCUGCGGUGAGGGCUGUGAGGGCGGGGGUUGAUGUGUUGGAGGUUCAUGGGGCGCAUGGAUAUCUUAUUCAUCAGUUCCUCAGCCCCGUCACGAACCGUCGAACAGACCGGUACGGCGGGUCUUUCGAGAAUCGCACUCGCCUCCUGAUCGGAAUCAUCGAGGCGAUCAGAGCGGUGAUCCCAAGCUCAAUGCCCCUCUUCCUGCGCCUAAGCUCGACAGAGUGGUUGGAAGAUACCGAAGUCGGGAAAAAAUUCGGAAGCUGGAAAGUCGAAGACACGAUCUCUCUUGCAAAGAUCGUCUCAGACCUUGGCGUGGAUCUUCUCGAUGUGUCCAGUGGUGGCAACCAUCCGCAGCAAAGAAUCAAUAUGUUCAACUCCAAGGACUACCAAACGAAGAUUGCUGCGCAGAUUCGACGGGAGCUUCGCGCAGCAAACAAAUCGCUUCUCAUCGGUGCUGUGGGCUUGAUUACGGAGGCUGAACAAGCCCGCGAUAUCCUCGAGGACCGCGAGGGACGAGAAGUGAAAGAAGACAGUAUCAAGCAAGAAGCCGAAGUAGCAAAAGCCAUGACGGAGACAAGUCGUGAUGGGAAUGAACCUAUGGCGGAUAUUAUCUUAGUGGCGCGGCAGUUCAUGAGGGAGCCAGAGUGGGUGUUGAAGGUAGCGUGGCGGUUGGGGGUGGAUAUUGCGUGGCCGUCACAGUUUUUGAGAGUGAGGUUCCCGAAGUUGUAG